AUGCUGUUGAAAUACCAGCUUCCUUCUCCUCCUGCUUUUGAAAAGAUGUCCUCAACAGACUUCUCAGCUGAGAGAGAACUGUAUUUCAGCUUGCAAAGAAAAAAUUGGAUUUCUCAAAUUGAUGUUGUCAUUUCUAUUAGUUUAUCAGCGCCCGGUAGAGAGAGUGCCCAAAGGUUUGAUAGCAUUGAGGACUGUCCCAUUGAUACAGACAAAUUAUUGGGAGACCCUAUAUUUGUUCCAAUAAAAUUUGAUGACAAAAGCAGUGGAGCAGAAUCUGAUGAAUCCUCAAAUGAUUCCAAGAACAAAUCCACAGUAAGGUUCAGUAACCUCUCAGAGGUGCGGCAGCUUUCUGAUAUCUAUGCAGAAGAGGCGGUCAUAGCCCGGUUAUCCUACAAUGCUUCUGUACGUGCUGAGGAAGCCAGGUUACGAGCCCUUAGCAAACUUAGUCUCAAACAAGUGGCAAAGAUUGCUUUUAUAUUCUGUAUUCUGUGGUUCUUUGGGAACUUUUGCUACCAAAAGGCCCUUGAUGACACAGAAGCUUCUAUUGUGAAUGUUUUGUCUUCUACGUCCAGUUUAUUUACUCUUGUGGGUGCAGCUGUUUAUCCCAGUAACAGUGCAGAUAGAUUUACUUUGUCCAAAUUAGCUGCCGUAAUGUUCAGUAUCUGUGGGAUAACCUUGGUGAGCCUCACGGACAGCAAGUUUGAGAAGGGUAUUCCUGCUGGUAGCCUGUGGGCCCUGGGUGGUUCCUUGCUCUAUGCCGCAUAUCUGGUUGUGUUAAAAAGAAAGGCAGAUCAUGAAGACAAACUUGAUCUGCCAAUGUUUUUUGGUUUUGUUGGUUUCUUCAACACAUUGUUUCUUUGGCCAGGAUUCUUUCUACUUCAUUACAGUAAGCAGGAAAUAUUUGAAUGGCCAACUGACCAUCAAUGGAUGUUUAUAGCCAUUAAUGGUAUGAUAGGAACAGUUUUGUCAGAAAUGCUCUGGUUAUGGGGUUGCUUUCUGACUUCAUCGCUUAUUGGCACAUUAGCCUUAAGCCUCACCAUUCCACUGUCAAUGCUUGCAGAUGUGAUAAUUAAAGGAGUUAGAUCAUCAUUUUUAAAAUUUAACUGGCAAAUAUUGAUUUUUCUUUUUUUUUCUUUUUCUUCUUUUUCUUUUUCUUCUUUUUUCUUUUUCUUCUUUUUUCUUUUUCUUCUUUUUCUUCUUGUUUCUUUUUCUUCUUGUUUCUUUUUCUUCUUGUUUCUUUUUCUUCUUUUUUCUUUUUCUUCUUUUUUCUUUUUCUUCUUUUUUCUUUUUCUUCUUUUUUCUUCUUGUUUCUUUUUCUUCUUUUUUCUUUUUCUUCUUUUUCUUCUUGUUUCUUUUUCUUCUUUUUUCUUCUUUUUUCUUCUUGUUUCUUUUUCUUCUUUUUUCUUCUUGUUUCUUUUUCUUCUUUUUUCUUCGUUUCUUUUUCUUCUUUUUUCUUUGUUUCUUUUUCUUUUUUCUUCGUUUCUUUUUCUUCUUUUUUCGUUUCUUUUUCUUCUUUUUUCUUCGUUUCUUUUUCUUCUUCUUUUUUCUUCGUUUCUUUUUCUUCUUCUUUUUUCUUCGUUUCUUUUUCUUCUUCUUUUCUUCGUUUCUUUUUCUUCUUCUUUUUUCUUCGUUUCUUUUUCUUCUUCUUUUUUCUUCGUUUCUUUUUCUUCUUCUUUUUUCUUCGUUUCUUUUUUCUUUUUUCUUCUUCUUUUCUUUUUUCUUCGUUUCUUUUUCUUCUUCUUUUUUUCGUUUCUUUUUUUUUUCUUCUUUUUCUUUUUUUUUCUUUUUUUUUUCUUCUUCUUUUUUCUUCUUUUUUUCGUUUUUUCUUCUUCUUUUUUCUUCGUUUCUUUUUCUUCUUCUUUUUUUCUUCGUUUCUUUUUCUUCUUCGUUUCUUUUUCUUCUUCUUUUUUCUUCGUUUCUUUUUCUUCUUCUUUUUCUUCGUUUCUUUUUCUUCGUUUCUUUUUUCUUUUUCUUCUUUUUCUUUUAGCUUAA